AUGAACAGUGACAGCGAUUGCGGCUCCGACGCCGGCGUCGAGUGGGUCUGGGUACGUCGCCCGUCGGAGGCGGAGGCCGUUGCCGCGGCGGCCGGGUGGCCGGCGGAUGAAGAGGCGCGGCCGCUCAAGGUGGUCUUCGGCUCCCCGGCGAAGUACUUCACCGACGCGGCGCCGAUCGGGAACGGCCGCCUCGGCGCCAUGGUCUGGGGCGGCGUCGAAUCUGAAAGGCUCCAGCUUAACCAUGACACUCUAUGGACAGGUGGGCCUGGUAAUUAUACAAAUCCCAAAGCACCUGCUGUUCUUUCUAAAGUAAGGAGCUUUGUUGACAAUGGAAAGUACCCUGAAGCCACAGCUGCUGCAUAUGAUCUGUCUGGUGACCAAACACAGGUCUUUCAACCUCUUGGGGAUAUUGAUCUAGUCUUUGGUAAGAAGAUCAAGUACACAAAUUACAAACGAGAGCUAGAUCUUCACACUGCAACAGUCACCGUCACAUAUACUGUUGGGGAGAUAGUCUACUCAAGGGAACAUUUCUCCUCAAAUCCACAUCAAGUCAUUGCGACUAAAAUCUCUGCAAACAAACCAGGAAAUGUCUCUUUCACAGUGUCUUUAACUACUACACUAAACCACAAGAUUCGUGUAACACAUGCAAAUGAAAUAAUCAUGGAGGGUAGCUGUCCAGGCGAAAGACCUCAAGAGGGCAACACUGCUGCUGAUCCUCCCAUUGGAAUUAAAUUUUGUGCAAUUCUUUAUCUGCAGAUAAAUGGUGCCAAUAGCACAGUGGAAGUAUUGAAUGAUAACAUGCUGAAACUUGAUUGUGCCGACUCUGUUGUUUUUCUUCUUGCAGCCACUACUUCAUUUGAAAGUGCAUUCAUCAAACCCUCAGAAUCUAAAUUGGAUCCAACAGUGUCUGCUUUUACGACAUUAAGUAUUGCUAGGAGCACAUCAUAUUCACAGCUAAAAGCCUACCACAUUGAUGAUUACCAGACUCUUUUCCAGCGUGUUUCCUUGCAACUAUCACAAGGCUCUAAUUAUCAUCUUCGGGGGAGUAAGCUAGUUCAGUCAGCAGAGACUAGUUCUCAGUGUGCUACUGUAUCAGAUUAUGCUUUUGAAAUAUCUGACCGCACCACAUUGACAGCCCUUAAAGAUUUUGUGAAGCCUACGGUAGAAAGAAUUGUAACUUUCAAAGACAAUGAAGACCCUUCUCUUGUGGAACUUCUAUUUCAGUUUGGUCGUUAUCUACUCAUUUCGUGCUCAAGGCCUGGAACCCAAAUUUCCAAUCUGCAAGGGAUAUGGAGCAAUGACCCUUCACCACCAUGGGAUGCAGCACCCCAUCCAAAUAUAAAUCUGCAAAUGAAUUACUGGCCUGCGCUUCCUUGUAACCUUAGCGAAUGCCAAGAACCACUGUUUGACUUUAUUGGCUCCCUCGCAGUCAAUGGGGCUAAGACAGCAAAAGUGAAUUAUGACGCUAGCGGUUGGGUCAGUCAUCAAGUCACAGACUUAUGGGCAAAAACAUCACCAGAUGCUGGUGAUCCUGUAUGGGCUCUAUGGCCAAUGGGUGGGGCUUGGCUUGCAACUCACCUCUGGGAGCACUACUGUUUUACUUUGGACAAAGAAUUUUUAGAGAAAACAGCGUAUCCAAUAUUGCAAGGAUCAGCUACCUUUUUAUUGGAUUGGUUAACUGAAGGACACAGGGGAUAUUUGGAGACCAAUCCUUCUACUUCUCCAGAACAUUAUUUUAUUGCUCCAGAUGGUAAGAAGGCCUGUGUGAGCUACUCAACAACUAUGGACAUGUCAAUUAUAAGGGAAGUUUUCUCAGCUGUUAUAUUGUCUGCUGAUAUUUUAGGUAAAUACGACACUAAUGUUGUUCAGAGAAUAAAAAAAGCACUGCCACAUCUCCCACCAAUGAAAGUUGCUAGAGAUGGUACAAUCAUGGAGUGGGCACAAGACUUUCAGGAUCCUGAGAUUCAUCACAGACAUGUGUCUCACUUGUUUGGUCUUUAUCCUGGACAUACUAUGUCACUUGAGGAAACACCUGACCUCUGCAAAGCUGUUGCCAACAGUCUUUAUAAAAGAGGUGAUGAAGGCCCAGGCUGGUCUACUUCAUGGAAAAUGGCCCUAUGGGCCUGUCUUCACAACGGUGACCAUGCAUACAAAAUGAUACUGCAGCUAAUCACUUUGGUGGAUCCAGAACACGAGGUUUCAAGGGAAGGAGGCCUAUACAGCAAUCUGUUCACUGCACAUCCACCUUUCCAAAUUGAUGCAAAUUUCGGGUUCCCAGCUGCAUUGUCGGAAAUGCUGGUACAGAGCACUGGGACCGACUUGUACCUUCUCCCAGCUUUACCCCGCAACAAGUGGCCUCAAGGCUAUGUUAAAGGUCUAAAGGCCCGAGGUGGUGUGACUGUAAACAUCAGCUGGAAGGAAGGGAGCCUCCAUGAAGCUCUGCUAUGGUCUAGUGGCGGGCAGAAUUCCCUUGCAAGGGUUCACUAUGGGGACCAGACAACCACCGUCAGCCUAUCGUUGGGUCAAGUUUACAGGCUUGGCAGGGAUUUGAAGUGCUUGAAGACUUUGCCACUGUGA